AUGAUGCCCCAGAAGAAAAAGAGGAAGAAAGACAUCAACUUCUUGGCCCUGUACGAGGAGGAGCUGCUGACCUACGCCUCUGAUGAUGACAACGAGGAGCUGGAGCACGAGUAUUACAAGGCCAAAGUGUAUGAGGUGGUCGUAGCCACGGGAGAUGUUCGCGGUGCAGGGACAGAUGCCAAUGUCUUCAUCACCAUUUUUGGAGAGAAUGGGCUCUCUCCCAAGCUCCACCUCACCAGCAAGAGUGAGUCUGCUUUUGAGAAAGCCAAUGUUGACGUCUUCCGGGUGAGAACCAACAACGUGGGCCUCAUCUACAAAAUCAGAAUCGAGCAUGACAACACAGGCUUGAACGCUAGCUGGUACCUGGACCGUGUGAUUGUGACCGACAUGAAGCGGCCUCACCUCCGUUACUAUUUCAACUGCAACAACUGGCUGAGCAAAGUGGAGGGCGACCGACAGUGGUGUCGUGACCUGCUGGCCAGCUUCAACCCCAUGGACAUGCCUAGAGGUAACAAGUAUGAAGUCAAGGUGUACACUGGUGAUGUAAUUGGUGCAGGUACAGAUGCUGAUGUCGUCAUCAACAUCUUUGGAGAGUAUGGAGAUACAGGGGAACGUAGGCUGGAAAAUGAAAAGGACAACUUUGAAAAGGGAGCUGAAGAUAAGUUCACAUUGGAUGCCCCGGAUUUGGGGCAGCUGAUGAAGAUCAAUAUUGGCCACAACAACAAGGGGGGCUCUGCAGGCUGGUUCCUGUCCAAGAUUGUCAUUGAAGAUAUUGGAAACAAAAGAAAAUAUGAUUUCCCUCUUAACCGCUGGCUGGCAUUGGAUGAAGAUGAUGGCAAAAUCCAAAGGGACAUCUUAGUGGGUGGAGUGGAGACCACAGCUAUCUCAUACAUUGUCACUGUGUUCACUGGAGAUGUCCGGGGAGCUGGGACCAAAUCCAAAAUCUACUUGGUCAUGUAUGGGGCCAGAGGGAAAAAAAACAGUGGGAAGAUCUUUCUGGAGGGUGGUGUGUUUGACCGUGGCCGCACAGACAUCUUCCACAUCGAUUUGGCUGUACUCCUCAGCCCCCUGAGUCGGGUCUCUAUCGGCCAUGGUAACGUGGGUGUCAACAGAGGCUGGUACUGUGAGAAGGUGGUGAUUCUGUGCCCCUACACUGGCAUCCAGCAGACCUUCCCUUGCAGGAACUGGCUGGAUGAGAAGAAGGCAGAUGGACUUAUUGAGAGGCAACUCUAUGAGAUGGUGUCUUUCAGGAAGAAGAGGCUGAAAAAAUUCCCUUGGUCCCUGUGGGUCUGGACGACUGACCUGAAGAAAGCUGGUACCAACUCUCCCAUCUUCAUCCAGCUUUAUGGGAAGAGGGGGAGAACAGAUGAGAUUCUCCUGAAUCCUAACAACAAGUGGUUCAAACCCGGCAAGAUUGAGAAGUUUACGAUUGAGAUCCCAGAUCUUGGCAUGUUUUAUAAGAUUCGGGUGUGGCAUGAUAAAAGGAGUCCUGGUUCUGGAUGGCAUCUAGAAAGGAUGACCCUGAUGAACACUCUGACCAAGGACAAGUAUAACUUCAACUGCAAUCGCUGGUUGGAUGCCAAUGAAGAUGACAAUGAGAUUGUGAGGGAAAUGACUGCAGAAGGCCCAACAGUGCGAAGGAUAAUGGGCAUGGCCCGGUACCGUGUGACCAUCUGCACAGGGGAUCUUGAAGGUGCGGGGACUGAUGCCAAUGUCUAUCUCUGCCUUUAUGGUGAUGUGGGAGACACAGGAGAGCGGCUGAUGUUCAACUGCAGGAACAACACCGACCUGUUUGAGAGGGGCAAUGCUGAUGAGUUCACCAUUGAGGCCGUCACGUUGCGGAAGUUGAGACGAAUAAGGAUCCGGCAUGAUGGCAAAGGUGGGGGCAGUGGCUGGUACCUGGAGCAGGUGCUGGUGAGAGAGGAGGGGCAGCCUGAGAGCGACAACAUGGAGUUCCCGUGUUUUAGGUGGCUGGACAAGGACAAGGAUGACGGGCAGUUGGUCCGAGAGUUGCUGCCCAGCAACAGCAAUGCAACACUGAAGAACUAUCGCUAUCACAUCAGUGUGAAGACUGGGGAUGUCUCUGGGGCCAGCACGGAUUCUAGAGUCCACAUCAAGCUCUAUGGGGAAAAAUCAGACACCAUCAAGCAAAUUCUGCUCGUCUCUGACAACAACCUGAAAGACUAUUUUGAGCGUGGCCGGGUAGACGAGUUCACCCUCGAGACCCUGAACAUUGGAACUAUCAACCGGCUGGUGAUUGGGCACGACAGCACGGGCAUGCAUGCUGGCUGGUUCCUGGGCAGCGUCCAGAUCCGCGUGCCCCGCCAAGGCAAGCAGUACACAUUCCCUGCCAACCGCUGGCUGGACAAGGACCAGGCCGAUAGGCGCUUGGAAGUGGAACUCUAUCCCAGUGAGGUCGUGGACAUCCAGAAAUUGGUCCACUACGAGGUUGAAAUUUGGACGGGUGAUGUGGGUGGCGCAGGCACCACCUCCCGAGUCUUCAUACAGAUCUAUGGAGAGGAAGGCAAGACCGAGGUGCUGUUUCUCUCCAGCCGCUCCAAAAGUUUUGGUCGGGCAUCCAAAGAUAUAUUCCAGCUGGAGGCGGCAGACGUGGGUGAGAUCUACAAGAUCCGGCUUGGGCAUACAGGCGAGGGCUUCGGGCCCAGCUGGUACGUGGACAUGGUGUGGCUGCGGCACCUGGUGGUGCGGGAGGAGGACCUCACACCCGAGGAGGAGGCCCGGAAGAAGAAGGAGAAGGACAAGCUGCAACAGCUGCUGAAGAAGGAGCGGCUAAAGGCCAAGCUGCAGAGGAAGAAGAAGAAGAAGAAGAAGAAGGGCAGUGACGAGGAGGAUGAGGGGGAUGAGGACGAGGAGUCCUCUUCUGAGGAGUCUUCAGAGGAGGAGGAGGAGGAGGAGAGUGAGGAGGAGGAAGAAGAGGAGGAGCUUGGGCCAGGGAUGCAGGAGGUGAUUGAGGAGUACAAGUUCGACGCCCACCGCUGGCUGGCCCGGGGCAAGGAGGACAACGAACUCGUGGUGGAGCUGGUGCCGGCUGGGCAAUCGGGUCCUGAGCCCAACACCUACGAAGUCCAGGUGAUCACAGGGAACGUGCCUAAGGCCGGCACUGAUGCCAAUGUCUACCUGACCAUCUAUGGUGAGGAGUAUGGGGACACAGGUGAACGGCCCCUGAAGAAGUCAGACAAGUCCAACAAGUUCGAGCAGGGCCAGACAGACACGUUCACCAUCCCUGCCAUGGACCUGGGGCCCCUGACCAAGAUUCGGAUUCGCCAUGACAACUCUGGCAACAGGCCAGGCUGGUUCCUGGACAGAAUUGAUAUCACUGACAUGAACAAUGAGAUCACGUACUACUUCCCGUGCCAACGCUGGCUGGCGGUUGAGGAGGAUGACGGCCAACUGUCCAGGGAAUUAUUGCCAGUGGAUGAGUCCUACGUGCUGCCACCAGAGGACGAGGAGGGUGGGGGAGGUGACAACAACCCCCUUGACAACCUGGGCCUGGAGCAGAAAGAUAAAUCUACCACGUUCUCAGUGACCAUAAAGACUGGGGACAAGAAGAAUGCAGGUACAGAUGCCAACGUCUUCAUCACACUCUUUGGCAUGCAGGACAACACUGGAAUGACCCUCUUGAAGUCCUCCAAGACCAAUAGUGACAAGUUUGAGAGAGACAGCAUUGAAAUCUUCACGGUGGAGACGCUGGACCUGGGAGACCUGUGGAAAGUCAGGAUUGGCCAUGACAACACAGGCAAGGCUCCAGGCUGGUUUGUGGACUGGGUGGAGGUGGAUGCUCCGUCUCUGGGAAAGUGCAUGACGUUCCCCUGUGGUCGUUGGCUGGCCAAGAAUGAAGACGAUGGAGCCAUCGUCAGGGACCUCUACCAUGCAGAGCUUCAGACGAGGCGGUACACACCAUUUGUUCCUUACGAGAUCACCCUCUACACCAGCGAUGUCUUUGCUGCUGGCACAGAUGCCAACAUCUUCAUCGUCAUCUAUGGCUGUGAUGCUGUGUGCACCCAGCAGAAGUACCUGUGCACCAACAAGCGGGAACAGAAACUCUUCUUUGAGAGGAAGUCUGCAUCCCGCUUCAUCCUGGAGCUAGAAGAUGUGGGAGAAGUCAUUGAAAAAAUUCGGAUUGGCCAUGAUAACACAGGCAUAAACCCUGGGUGGCAUUGCUCCCAUGUGGACAUCCGCAGGCUCCUCCCAGAUAAAGAUGGUUCAGAGACCUUGACUUUCCCAUGCGAUCGAUGGCUUGCCACCUCUGAGGAUGAUAAGAAGACCAUUCGAGAAUUGGUCCCUUAUGACAUCUUCACCGAGAAAUACAUGAAGGAUGGGUCCCUAAGGCAAAUCUACAAGGAAGUAGAGGAACCUCUGGACAUUGUACUCUACUCGGUGCAGAUCUUCACAGGAAAUGUUCCUGGGGCAGGAACAGAUGCCAAAGUCUACAUCACCAUCUACGGAGACCUGGGAGACACAGGAGAGCGAUACCUUGGCAAGUCAGAGAACCGUACCAACAAGUUUGAAAAAGGAACGGCUGACACCUUCAUUAUUGAGGCCGCUGACCUGGGCGUCAUCUACAAGAUCAAACUCCGCCAUGACAACACUAAGUGGUGUGCAGACUGGUACGUGGAGAAGGUGGAGAUAUGGAAUGACACCAAUGAGGACGAGUUCCUGUUCCUGUGCGGACGCUGGCUGUCCAUGAAGAAGGAAGAUGGACGUCUUGAGAGGCUCUUUUAUGAGAAGGAGUACACUGGGGACCGAAGCAGCAACUGCAGCAGCCCUGCAGACUUCUGGGAGAUCACCCUGAGCUCCAAGAUGGCUGACAUUGACAUCGACACAGUGACUGGGCCCAUGGCUGACUACGUUCAGGAGGGCCCAGUUGUUCCCUACUAUGUGUCAGUCACCACUGGGAAGCACAAGGAUGCAGCCACUGACAGCCGGGCCUUCGUCGUCCUCAUUGGGGAGGACGAUGAACGUAGUAACCGCAUCUGGUUGGACUACCCUCGAGGGAAGAAGGGCUUCAGCUGCGACUCUGUGGAGGAGUUCUAUGUGGCAGGCUUGGAUGUGGGCGUCAUCAAGAAAAUAGAGGUGCUCUACGAGAUGACGGUGUGGACUGGUGAUGUGGUUGGUGGUGGCACUGACUCCAACAUCUUUAUGACCCUCUAUGGCAUCAAUGGUAGCACAGAGGAGGUGCAGCUGGACAAAAAGAAGGCCAGGUUUGAGCGGGAGCAGAACGACACCUUCAUCAUGGAGAUCCUGGACAUUGCCCCCUUCACCAAGAUGCGGAUCCGAAUCGACGGCCUGGGCAGCCGGCCUGAGUGGUUCCUAGAGAGGAUCCUCCUGAAGAACAUGAACACAGGAGAUCUGACCAUGUUCUACUAUGGAGAUUGGCUGUCCCAGCGGAAGGGCAAGAAGACCCUGGUGUGUGAGAUAUGUGCUGUCAUUGAUGGGGAGGAGAUGAUGGAGUGGACUUCCUACACUGUCACAGUGAAGACCAGCGACAUCCUGGGAGCAGGCACUGAUGCCAAUGUGUUCAUCAUCAUCUUUGGGGAGAACGGGGACAGUGGGACCCUGGCCCUGAAGCAGUCGGCUAACUGGAACAAGUUUGAGCGGAACAGCACCGACACAUUCAACUUCUCUGACAUGCUGAGCCUGGGCCACCUCUGCAAGCUGAGGGUCUGGCACGACAACAAAGGGCUAUUUCCUGGCUGGCACCUGAGCUAUGUAGACAUAAAGGACAACUCCCGUGAUGAGACCUUCCGCUUCAAAUGUGACUGCUGGUUCUCCAAGAGUGAGGGGGACAGGCAGAUAGUACGUGACUUUGCCUGUGCCAACAACGAGAUCCGUGAUGAGCUGGAGGAGACCACCUACGAGAUUGUCAUAGAAACGGGCAACGGAGGCGAAACCAGGGAGAAUGUCUGGCUCAUCUUGGAGGGCAGGAAGAACCGAUCCAAAGAGUUUCUCAUCGAAAAUUCUUCCAGGCAGCGGGCCUUUAGGAAGGGGACCACAGACACAUUUGAGUUUGAUAGCGUCUACUUGGGUGACAUUGCCUCCCUCUGUGUGGGCCACCUCGCCAGGGAGGACCGGUUCAUCCCCAAGAGAGAGCUAGUCUGGCAUGUCAAGACCAUCACCAUCACUGAGAUGGAGUACAACAAUGUGUACUUCUUUAAUUGUGACACCCUCAUUCCACUCAAGAGGAAGAGGAAGUACUUCAAGGUAUUUGAGGUCACCAAGGUGACGGAGAGCUUCGCCAGCAAGGUCCAGAGCUUGGUGCCCGUCAAGUAUGAGGUCAUUGUGACGACAGGCUAUGAGCCAGGUGCGGGCACUGAUGCCAAUGUCUUUGUGACCAUCUUUGGGGCCAAUGGGGACACAGGCAAGCGAGAACUGAAGCAGAAAAUGCGCAACCUGUUCGAGCGGGGCAGCACAGAUCGCUUCUUUCUGGAGACCCUAGAGCUGGGUGAGCUGCGCAAGGUGCGGCUGGAGCAUGACAGCAGCGGCUACUAUUCAGGCUGGUUGGUGGAGAAGGUAGAAGUCACCAACACCAGCACUGGCGUAGCCACCAUCUUCAGCUGCGGCCAAUGGCUGGACAAGAAACGGGGGGAUGGGCUCACCUGGAGAGACCUCUUCCCUUCUGUGUGAGAAGCUCCUGACCACACC